AACAUCUCUUUAAUCUGAAGUUUGCUGCCAAGGAACUCAACAGGAACUCCAAAAAAUGCGACAAAGAGGAAAAAGCUGAGAAAGCCAAGAUUAAAAAGGCCAUCCAGAAGGGGAACAUGGAGGUGGCUCGGAUCCACGCGGAGAACGCCAUCCGCCAGAAGAACCAGGCCAUCAACUUCCUGCGCAUGAGCGCCAGGGUGGACGCCGUGGCAGCCAGGGUGCAGACUGCAGUCACCAUGGGCAAG